AUGCCUGUCAAGCAAAGCAGCAGCACUAGCAGCAAGGAUGCCAAAGCCAGCAGCCCAGAACUGAGUUUCAAAGCAAAUAAGAAUGGCCUUCAACCAAGCCCCAUAUUUCUACCUCCAAAUGAGGCUUUCAGGCCCCUAUCAAUUUCCCACCCCAGAAGUUACUUUCCUUACCCAGUACCUAAGGCCACUGCUGUAAGACCCUUCUUCUUAAAUGACAAAGGGGCUGUCUGCCCUCAUCCAGUUUUGUUGCCCAACAAUAGUCUUUUUCUGGAGCAUCUUGCCCCAAAGCCUAGACUGCCUUAUGUGGUGCCCAUGGGCCAUCCAGAGUUUCUGAUCUACCAAGAUGCCAUGGGAUCUGGCAGGGUGCAACUCAUGUUGAUAACACACAGGCCCAUAGAGAUCACUAAAGAGGAGAAACCAGAGAGGAGGUCCCAUUCUCAUGAAAGAGCCUGCCACAAAGACCCAACUCUCCAGAAUCAAUUUUCUGAGAUGUUGGAAGCUAGCAGUACAGAGUUUCAUCCAGAAGUCCACACUGACAAUCUAAAACUAAACCUCAGCUGGAACCAAGGAAACACUGUUAGCAGAAAUAACAAGAUUGUUUACAUAGACCUUCUCCAAGAAGAAUCAGAUGCCAAAACUGAUGCAGACAUGUCCAAACCAUGCUUUACAGUGAAAAAUAUUGGUCAGAAUGCCAAGCCUGUGAAGCCUCCAAUUGUCAAGCUAUCCUUGCAGCAGCAUGGUGAUUUUAUCACCCUAAGAGAGGAGUUGGGGCACAUUGGUGACUUGCAUGAAGCUUAUACUCUCAAACAGACUCCAGCCAACAAAGAGAACCUAGGGAUGCCAGUUUCAACACCAUUCCUGGAGCCAGCUCUAGUGAGUGAUGGUCAUGCUGUAACAUUUGGUAAAAUCCAAGAGUAUCCCAAACCAUAUUGCCUUGGCCGUGCCCCACUAAGUAUGGACAUAGUCUCUACUUACACGAGAGAUGGAGCCAAUGAGGCCAAAUCAAAUGAUGGCAAAAUUCUGAAACCAAAGCCAUCUAACCUGAUAAAGAGAGUCGCUACCUCAGCAGGUUGCGUGGGUGACCGAUUCAAGUGUGUUACUACUGAACUGUAUGCAGAUUCUAGUUAG